AUGGUUCCUAUGGAUUUCGCGUGUUGUGCGUAUCAACCGAAUGCCUUCCCGGGCUGUGAAGGCACAAGUUACAGGGUGUUGAGUAGGUUGCAUUCCGGGCUUGGAUACAGAAGUUCCAGUCAUGACUCCAUUGAUUGGAAGGAUAGGUCGUCAAGGAGGAUUAAGAAGGCCGUUGUCUGUAGUAGCCGUUUGAAUUCGAGUUUGGUAUCCAGUAGAGGACUAAAUACUCAUUGGUGGACCGGCUACUCCAACAGUUCCCUGUUUUCUGCCUCCCGUGAUGCUCCCAGGCUGAUGAAGAGGCAUUGCCAGGGUAAUGAUUCUGUAGAGUAUGUUGAUGGGAAUGGAAAUGGCCGACAUGUUGAAUUGGUGGAAGGUAAUGGCGAGGCUCGGCCAACGGAUUCCACUGACUCACCCAAGGAAGCCGGAGAAGAAAAAGCAGUUGGCACACUUUCUUUGGACGAGUUAAGAGAGUUUUUGCAGAAGGCCACAAAAGAGUUGGAAGUUGCACGGCUUAACAGUACCAUGUUUGAGGAGAAGGCGCAACAGAUUGCAGAAGCUGCAAUUGCAUCCAAGGAUGAUGCAGCAAAUGCUUGGAGUGAUGUCAAUUCAGCUCUGGAUGUGAUUCAACAGAUUGUGAAUGAGGAGUUUGUGGCCAAAGAAGCUGUCCAAAAGGCAACAAUGUCCCUCUCUUUGGCUGAGGCCAGACUGAAGUUGGCAACUGAAUCGUCAGAAACUUCAACAGAAGCGAGUGCUUCACCCGGAGAAACCACUGACAGUGACACUGAAAGCGAAGACAAACAACACAACAUUGUAAUUUUUGCUGCACAGAAGGAUAUCAAGGAAUGUCAGGCAAUUUUGCUAAAUUGUGAGGCUGAGCUAAAGCGACUACAAGAUAAGAAAGGAGAGCUACAGCAAGAGGUGGAUAGAUUGAAGGGCAUUGCAGAGAAAGCACAGAUGGAUGCACUAAAAGCAGAGGAAGAGGUUGGGAACAUUAUGUUUUUAGCUGAGCAAGCUGUUGCUUUCGAACUCGAGGCUGCCAAACGGGUAAGUGAUGCAGAAAUUGCAUUACGCAGAGCAGAAAAGUCCCUCUCCGUGUCUAAGUAUGAUGCAUAUGAAACAACACAGGGAUAUGUGUCUGGUGAUGAGCCUGUUCUUGAGGUGGAGAAGGUAGAUGAAGGAAGCAAUGCUGAUAUUGCAAAAGAAAUUAACAUUAUUACCAGUGGGGAUGUUUUACUGGGCGAGCUUGCUCAAGACAGACUGUUGGAUAAACAAAGCCUGAGUUCUGAAGAGUUACAUCAAGUUGAUGGUUCUUCUGUUCAAGAGAAUGGACAAGUGAUUGUUGACCAUCCUAAAGAAUCUGAAUUGGAAGUGGAAAGAUCAAAGAAGGAGGGACAAGCUAGAAAGCAGGAUUUGCAGAAGGAUGCAAUGAGAGAGACAUCACCUUCACCUUUCAAUCCUCAAAAGACAUCAUUAAAUAAAUCUUCUCGUUUUUUCUCUGCAUCAUUCUUCUCUUUCACUGUAGACGGGACAGAGUUUACACCAGCUUCAGUUUUCCAAACUCUUAUGGUGUCUGCAAAGAACCAAUUGCCUAAGCUAGUUGUUGGACUACUGCUGAUUGGAGGAGGGUUUGCAUUCUACACUAACCGCCUAGAUAGGAGUUCUCAGAUGCUUCUGCAGCAAGACAUUGUCAACACCAGCAUUGAAGAAGUUUCUUUGGAUGCAAAACCCUUAUUUAUUCAUUUAAAGAAGUUCCCAAAGAAAGUCAAACAGCUGCUUGCAAAGCUUCCUCAUCAAGAGAUCAACGAGGAAGAGGCUUCUUUAUUUGAUAUGCUAUGGCUACUUCUUGCUAGUGUCAUAUUUGUUCCCAUCUUUCAGAAAAUUCCUGGAGGUAGUCCUGUACUUGGAUACUUGGCUGCUGGCAUUUUAAUUGGUCCUUAUGGCUUGUCUAUUAUUCGUCAUGUGCAUGGGACAAAGGCAAUUGCUGAAUUUGGAGUCGUUUUCCUGCUGUUCAAUAUUGGGCUUGAGCUUUCUGUUGAAAGACUUAGUUCCAUGAAGAAAUAUGUCUUUGGGUUAGGCUCGGCUCAGGUGUUGGUGACCGCAGCUGCCGUUGGUUUGGCUGCUCAUUUUCUUGCUGGAGUACCUGUUCCUGCUGCAAUCGUCAUUGGGAAUGGUCUAGCAUUAUCUUCUACUGCUGUAGUUCUGCAGGUGUUGCAAGAACGUGGUGAGAGCACAUCACGUCAUGGACGUGCUACAUUCUCCGUCUUACUAUUCCAGGAUUUGGCUGUUGUGGUAUUGCUAAUACUAAUACCACUCAUUUCACCAAAUUCAUCAAAAGGAGGGGUUGGUUUUCAGGCAAUAGCUGAAGCUCUUGGGCUUGCUGCUGUUAAAGCCGCUGUUGCUAUCACUGCCAUUAUUGCUGGUGGACGCUUGCUGCUUCGGCCAAUAUAUAAGCAGAUUGCUGAAAAUCAGAAUGCAGAGAUAUUCUCUGCUAAUACACUUCUUGUUAUUCUUGGGACUAGUCUCCUCACUGCCAGGGCGGGACUCUCCAUGGCACUGGGGGCAUUUUUAGCUGGUCUGCUCCUUGCUGAAACUGAAUUUUCCUUGCAAGUUGAAUCGGAUAUUGCUCCAUACCGUGGUCUUCUUUUAGGCCUCUUCUUCAUGACAGUCGGAAUGUCAAUUGAUCCCAAACUACUACUUUCGAAUUCUCCUGUGAUUAUGGGGACACUGGGUCUCUUAAUAGCCGGAAAGACACUUUUGGUUGCAAUAAUCGGCAAGUCCUUCGGUAUUUCCCUGAUAUCUGCAGUAAGGGUUGGCCUCCUCCUUGCUCCUGGUGGCGAAUUUGCAUUUGUGGCUUUUGGUGAAGCUGUUAAUCAGAGUAUAAUGACUCCUCAGCUAUCGUCAUUGUUGUUUCUUGUUGUGGGGAUUUCUAUGGCAAUCACACCAUGGCUAGCUGCUGGUGGUCAGCUAAUUGCCUCCCGUUUUGAGCUGCAUGAUGUUCGAAGUCUAUUGCCAGUUGAAAGCGAGACAGAUGACUUGCAGGACCAUAUUAUCAUCUGUGGAUUUGGACGCGUUGGCCAGAUUAUUGCACAGCUUCUUUCAGAACGAUUGAUUCCAUUUGUUGCUCUUGACGUGAGGAGUGAUAGGGUCACAUUUGGGCGGGCCUUGGACCUUCCAGUGUACUUUGGAGAUGCCGGUAGCCGAGAGGUCCUCCAUAAACUUGGGGCUGAAAGAGCAUGCGCUGCAGCAAUCACAUUGGAUACACCUGGUGCAAAUUAUAGAACCGUUUGGGCUCUCAGCAAGUAUUUCCCAAACGUGAAGACUUUUGUCCGAGCGCAUGAUGUGGACCAUGGCCUUAACUUGGAGAAGGCUGGAGCCUCUGCUGUUGUCCCGGAGACCUUGGAACCAAGUCUGCAGUUGGCUGCGGCUGUGCUUGCACAGGCUAAACUCCCGACGUCCGAGAUUGCUGCAACGAUCAAUGAAUUUAGGUCCCGUCAUUUGUCCGAACUCACCGAGCUAUGCGAAGCCAGUGGGAGCUCUCUUGGUUAUGGAUUUUCCCGCGUCAUGAGCAAACCAAAAAUUCCGCCAUCUUCUGAUUCUUCUGAUGAAAACCAAAUCACGGAAGGAACGCUAGCAAUAUGA